UGACAAAGAGGCAAAUAAAAACAAACAAUUGAAAAAGAGUAAACAAAAAGCCAAUAAUGCAAGUGACAAAGAAAGCUCCAACCAGUCUGUGACAAAUGUUGAAGUCAACAGAAAUAAGCAAGAUUCAGAUACUGAUAAUGAAAACUUUUUAACAAAUAAUGAAAUUUCAGCUUUGCUUAAAAGAUUGGAAACUUUGGAAAAGCUUCAGGCUGCCCAAGAUGUUGAAACCUCAAGCACACUAAAUAAUACAAAUAAUGCUUGCUUGACAUCUUCAUCCUGUACUACUCCAUUAAUUGCUCUUCAACAUCAGAAUACCAAUCACAUAACUCAAAAUAUAAGUCAAAAUAGUACAAUUGAACCGUCAAGUAGAUCUGAUAGAAGGUCCCAAAAUUCUGAUUGCAACCUACGUAACCAAAGUAAUAUGCCAACUAAAGGACAAUCUUUAAAAAUGCCUGGUAAAACAAAAACUAAUG